AUGUCCUCAGAAACCGUCUCAAGCCCACCGGCUGCUGCCCCCACUGAGUCGAAGAGCGCUCGCAAGAAGAGAGCCAAGGCUGAAGCUGCUACGGCAGCAGCAACCAAGGGCUCUGAGGCGCGCGCGGCGUCCCCAGAGCUGGAUGGGAAGACCAAUGGCCCGGAAGACAGCUCGGAGAGUUCAUAUAUCAAGGAGGUUCAGAAGAACAUCCGCAAUGUCAACAAGAAGCUUAACCUCAUGUCGAAAGUCGACAGCAUAAUUGCUGAGAACCCCGGCGUGUCCCUUGAUGAUCUCGUCUCCACCCGCAAGAUCAAUAAUGACCAGAAAGCUCAAGCCCUCAAGAAGCCUGCACUACAAGCCCAACUCGCUCAGCUCGAAGAACAACUCACAACAUACAAGAAGAUCGACGAGGACUACCAGCAGAAGAUGGCAACGGAGAAGCAGCUUCUCCAGAGCUCGCAUGCUGAUGAGCUGGAGAAGCUGCGGGAGACACUCAAGGCAGAGACGGAGCUAGAAUCUCAGAAAGCGUCUAAGCAGCGGCUGCUUACGCUGUCGAGGUUCCUUAGGGAAGCAGCCGACAGGCGGACGCGCGAGGAUGAAGAGUCGGAUGAAUCCAAGGCUUUUGAGGGCGCGCUGCUCCUGGUGUACGGCGGUGACGCGAACGCCGUCUUGGCUUGUGAGAAGCUGAUCGACGGUGCCGAGGAACAAGUGCCGUCCGUCGAAGGCGUGCUGGUCAACUACACCUACGCCCAGAUCAAGAAAACCAUCACGCAGGAAGCUCCCUUCGCUGCCGAAGAAGCCUGGGUCGACGACGUCGCUCAAGCCGAGCCAGCAGCCCCAGAAGCAGCCCCACAAAUCGAGGAUGACACUGCUGCUGCCGAUGGUUCCGCUGCCGAUACUGCUACUGCCAGCACCAGCUCUCAAACUCUCCCCACCAGCGACCCUACGGUCGUCAAUGCCGGCCUCACGGAAAUGGACACCCAAACGCUCGCAGUCACCAACGGCGACACCGAGGAGCCCGAAGCUCCUAGUGUCCCUGCAGCCGCCAGCGUUGAUGACGGUGCCGCGAACGCUGCCGCGUCCGAACAAUGGGAUGCCAAAGCUCCCGGCUCGGACGACCCACUAGCCGAGUCCUUCGAAAUGGUCCCCCGCGACCCAGCUGAGACUGAGACGGCCGGCGCGCCUGCGGAACCGACCAGCACACAGAGCUGGGCUGACGAUACCCCUACUGAGCCUGCCGUUGCGGAUGCAGCGCCAGUGACAGGUGGUGGCGACGGCUUCCAUGAGGUUCACCAUGCUCGCGGUGGACGUGGACGUGGUGGCUUCCAGGGCGAACACCGGGGUGGAUAUCGUGGCCGCGGAGGCCCGAGAGGUGAAGGCAGGGGCCGUGGUGGAUUCCGUGGUGAUCGUGGAGAUGGGUUCCGCGGUGGCCGUGGAAGGGGCGGGUUUAGGGGCGAGUUUAGAGGUGGAAGGGGACGUGGGGAGUCGCAGUAA